AUGGAACAAGCAAGGAUGAGGAAAAAAGUAAGAAAGAAGGAGGAGGAGCUACCGGAUUUCAUCAAUAACCUCCCUGAUGAGAUCUUGUGCAUGAUCCUUUCUUUGCUUCCAGUUGAUGAAGCUGUGAGAACUGGAAUCCUUUCCAAGAGAUGGAGGUCUCUAUGGAAGCAUACUUCACGCCUUGAUUUUGAUGUGAAGCAUAUGAUACAUCCUUUCUCAGGGCUCAACAAAUCACCAUAUGAUCAUUUGCUUCAUAUUCUUGAUAUGGGCAAGGUAGAAGGAACACAGCGAUAUGGUAUACUAUUCUUCUUGAUCUUAAGACAACACCUUAGUGACUUGACUAGCUGUCGUUUUCUUCAUUUGCCUGAUACGGAAGUAUGUGAUUGGGUCCAGUAUCUAUUUGAGAGAAAGAAAGGCCUAAAAGAUCUAUCCCUAGAAUGUGAAGAAUAUGGUGGGAUAUCGAAACGGCGAUUUCCAAGCACAAAAUGUUUUAGGGAUAUCCUUUCUUCCUUGAGGUCACUUGAGUUGACUUCUUACUUUAUUAGAAGUACAUACGCAUUUAGUUCUUGCAAUAACUUGAGAACCCUUAAACUGAAGAGAGUUAUAAUGCCAGAUGAAAUCAUUAAUGGGAUUUUAAGAAGUUGUGUGUCUUUGGAAAAUUUUAGUCUAAUUAGAUCUUAUGGGUUCAAAGAAAUCAAGAUCAAUAAUUCAUGCCUAAAAUUCUUGGAGCUCAAUUAUUUGAGGGUGGAUAACAUGGAACUUUAUGCUGAGAAUCUUGAAGUCCUGGUGUUAGAUUCUUUUGGUUGUUAUGCGAGCAAUCUGGUACUUGUGGCACCGAACCUUAGGGUGCUCAAUUGUUGUCGCCGUCAAUGCGUCCCAGAAUCGUAUGAUGUACUGAAAUACCAUAUACUUUUGGAAUAUUGUAGUGAUUUUUGGGAAUCCAAAAGGAGUAUCAUAUGUGGAAAAUUAUCUUCCUUGUCAAUUGAUUUGGAUCUGAACAAUGUAAGGGAGGCUCUUUCAAUUUCAAACAUUUUACGUUCAAGCAUUGAACUACGAUCUCUCAGGGUCUUUAUACCACCAGUGAACGGAAAUGCAAACCUUGAAACAUCUAGCAUUGCUGUUAGGGAUUUGCUAGAUCUCCACAACUUUUUGGGAGGAAAAGAAAUUUCCAAUUGUACCCGUCACAAACUCAAGUUUCUGUGUAUAGAGGGAUUUACAGGAACAGAACUGGAAGUACAAGUUAUAAGGUACUUGAUGCUAAGUUCCAGCAAAUUGGAAACGAUCAACAUAUUCUGUGGUAGCUCAAUGGAAGAUACACAUGAGUUGUUAUCACUGCAAGGCGCUUCAAUGAAUUUCACUAUCAAGUUGAUGGUUGCAAAACGUUUCCUGUGA